AUGGAUCCCAAUUGGCCGGCCGCAACACCACCGCCAGGUGUGGUUCCAAACUUCGACAAUCCACCGUCACAACGAACAGCAAUCAUCGUGCUGCAAACAAUUUUCCUAACACUCACGGUCCUGGCGGUUUCUACUCGUGUUUAUGUGCGGACAUGUAUCAUCAAACUCUGGGGCGCCGAAGACAACCAGUGCGGCGCGAUUGCUCAUAUGACGCUCUAUAUCCAGACUCUUCCACUGGGGUUCGGACGACACAUGUGGGAUGUGCGGGCAAUCAACCUCAUCAAUCCCUCUUCCAACCGUAAACUCUCCGCAGGCGGCAUCACUUUCCCCUGGACGGUCUGCUUUGCAAAGAUUUCAAUCCUACUUCUGUAUAAGCGCAUUUUCCCGCUGCGCCGCGAGAUCAUCGCAGUGUGGGUUGGUAUCGUCGCCGAUGCGGUGCUUUACACCUUUUGCAUCGCUAUCGCCAUCGGCAGUAUGGUGAAGUGCGCGGAGCUGUCGCAGCUGAGGGACCCAUAUUGUAAAUUCAAUUCCGGAACCAUGAUCACUAUCCAAUCGGUGAUCAACGUCGUCACCGACUUCUACGUGUUGCUUCUGCCCAUCCCGCGUCUGGUCAAGCUGCAGGUCAGUCGACGGCGGCAGAUUGGACUUUUCCUGACGUUCCUGAGUGGGCUUGGUGCCUGCGCGACCAGUUUAGCUCGGCUGAUCAACUUUCAGCUCAAUGACAGCGCGGAUGUCUUCUGGACCACGGGUCGCAAUGCCCAGUUCACAAUUGUCGAGAUGAACAUUGCCAUCAUUGUCGCAUGCGCCACCUCUUUCCCAGUGUUCUUCGCCCGGAUGCACUCUCUCGGCUCAUCCUUUUAUAAUUCGGCUAUCUCCCUGCUCCAUAGUACACGAGGAAGGCCGACCAGUCAGCAUUGGGAAAGACUGAAGGAUGGCAGGGGAGGUCUCCGGCAGGACGCACAGGAGCUGGACAUCGGCCCUGUCCUUGUUACCGGCGGUAAUGGCUUUAUAGCCUACCACAUCAUCGCCAAAAUCCUCGAGGAGGAGCCUGAUUGCAGCAUCCAUUCGAUAGACGUAAACCUUGACCGCAACCGCCAUUCUAAUCCGAACGUGCACUAUCACCAUGGCGAUUUGGCCUGCGCCGCCGAUGUGCAGCGCAUCAUGCAGAUUGCCCGCCCGGUUACCAUCUUCCAUACUGCAUCUCCCGAAUUCUCCGAUGCCCCGCAGUCUGCUUACCACCGCAUCAUCGUGGAGGGUGCACAUCACCUCCUAGACGCUGCCGUGAAGGUGAACACCGUGCGAGCCCUAAUCAACACAUCAACCUCGGGCGUGAUCAACGAUAACCACACCGAUCUCAUUGAUGCCACAGAGGAAAUGCCAAUCCUGCACCCCCCGCUCCAGCAGCGGCUCUACUGCAUCGCUAAGGCAGAUGCAGAGGAAGCGAUCCAAGCUGCCAAUCGCAACGGCGGCCAGGAUGAUCGGGGCAUCCUAACCUGCGCAAUGCGCCCCGGUCUAGUAUUUGGCGAGCGCGACGUCGGCACCUUAGGCAAGAUGUUCGCCGUCGCGCGCCAAGGCAAGUCCCGGUUCCAGAUGGGCAAUGGGCAGAACCCCUACGAUUUUGUCUAUGUGGGAAACCUGGCAGAGGCACACCUCCUCGCCGCACAUGCCCUUCUCAACGCCUGGGGCAAGCCUCGCCCGACAGACGCCUCGACCCGAGUCGAUGGUGAAUGCUUCCAUGUCACGAAUGAAGACCCCUGGCUCUUUUGGGACUUCCAGCGGGCGGUUUCCGCCCUCACGGGGAACCCAAUCCGGCCUGAAGAUAUUAUCGUGAUCCCGAAGUGGGUUGGGCUGACGCUCGGGUUCGUGAAUGAAUGGGUUGCGUGGAUCGUUUCCGGCGGUACUAGAACUGCCAAUAUGACUCGUGAGGGUAUUCGCUUUAGUACCCUGAUCCGCACACUGAAUGGAAACAAGGCCAGACGGGUGCUUGGGUAUCGUCCUAAGGUGGGUAUGCAGGAAGGUCUUGAGCGGAGCGUGCGUUGGUUCAUGGAGAAUGCGGAGGGGAAGGCCUAG